AAACCUCGCGGCGGCGGCGGCGGCGGAGGCGCCGCUCUGGUUCUACUCUCGAGCUCGCGGCGGCAAGAAAUCCGCCGAUUGCGGAGCUUAACGCGGCGAUAUUAGCUCCUCGCCGAGCAGCUUCGCGGCGACAAUCGGGAGGAAAGCGAUGGCGUUGCAGACUGGGGUUUCCAGCUCCAAGGUCCUGAUCCUCGUCGGCGCAGGUUUGACUGGUUCGAUUGUUUUCAAUAGCGGACGACUUGCGGAGCUCGUUUCACAGCUUCAGGAAAUUCUGAAGGGCGUGGAUGAGGCCAAUGUCUCGUCCAACAAGUUCGACAGCGCUCUUCUUGCAGCUCAGAUUAGGCAAUUGGCACAAGAUAUCAAGGAGUUAUCCUUGUCCAAUCCGAUAACCAUCUAUAAUGGGAACUCAACGUCAAGUGGGAGUUAUGCUUCUUACCUAGUACCAGCUGCUGCACUUGGAGCAAUGGGGUAUUGUUACAUGUGGUGGAAGGGCUGGUCAUUCACUGAUGCAAUGUUUGUUACAAAGCGCAAUAUGGCAAAUGCUGUUGAAACUGUGUCAAAACAAUUAGAGAAUGUGUCUCAAACAUUGGCAACAACGAGGAGGCACCUAUCAAAGAGGCUUGAGAGCUUGGAUUGGAAGCUCGACGAGCAAAAGGAGAUAUCCAAGCUUAUUGCAGAUGAUGUAUUUGACGUGAAGUUGAACCUAUCUCAAAUAGGGCUCAAUGUUGAAGUAAUCCACCAGAUGGUUUCUGGGUUGGAAGACAAAAUUGAGUUGAUUGAGAGCAAACAGGAUGUCACCAACUCGGGUUUAUGGCAUCUCUGUCAACUAGCGGAUGGUUUUCAAGAUGCCCAAAACAGCAGAAAGAUUAAGGAUGUCAGUGGCACACUAGCCAACAACUUGAGAUUGCCAUAUGAAGAGACUUCUGCAAAGGGGCUUCAAUUCAUUUCCGAAACAAAUGGAUUGAGCGACAUUGAAAAUUCAGUCACCAGUGCGAAGAUGAAUGAUUCCAACAGUCUUGUUACGGAAAAGGUCCCAAUUACUACACGCAGAAUACACAGAUCUUAUCCAGUUAGGAUUUCAUUGGCUCGGGGGAUAAUCUGAAACCCAUGAUCCUUUUCUUUGUUUGGUCACAAAAUUAUAUCGUUAGUUACCUGACUUACUUCUAUUUAUUGAAUCCCAGAAUGUGGGAUUAGAUUAUCAAAUUUAUAGGUUGCGUUAUUGCAUCCGAUUGCUUUCGUAUGCAGUUUCUUCCAUUCUGCCCAAAUAUUUACUUGAUUUCAUUUGUUGUGUCAAUAAGCUUUUGGCCGGCUGUAAAUGAAGAUAAUGCAUCUAAGUUGUUGUAAAGUUGUUCAUGGAGGGAGCUAUAUUUCUGUUCCUUGUUUCA